AUGUUCCGAAGCCACAUUGCCAGGCCACUUCGGGCGCUGCGGCGGCGAGGCCUGUCGUCGCUCCAGGGCGAGAUGGCCGCCUACCAGCAACCACCAACGAAGGUGACAACGCUUCCUAGUGGUAUGAGAGUCGCCUCUCAGUACACACCUGAUGAGACGGUCACGGUAGGUGUCUGGAUCGAUGCGGGCAGCCGCUUCGAGACAAAGGAGAACAAUGGCACGGCUCACUUUUUGGAGCACAUGGCCUUCAAAGGCACCAAGCGAAGAAACCGGAUUCAGCUUGAACAGGAGAUCGAGAACAUGGGGGGGCACCUGAAUGCGUACACUUCCCGUGAACAGACGGUCUACUAUGCCAAGUGCUUCAAAACCGACCUCCGCAAUGGUGUGGACAUCCUUGCAGAUAUCCUGCAGCAUUCCACUCUGGACCAGGGACAUCUCGACUUCGAGAGAGGGGUCAUCCUGCGAGAAAUGGAGGAAGUGGAAAAGACCACCGAGGAGGUCAUUUUUGACCGUCUGCACCUCGCAGCCUUCCAUGACAGUCCGCUGGGCUAUACCAUACUUGGGCCCGUAGAGAACAUCCAGUCAAUCACCCGGGAGCAGCUCAGAACGUACGUUGAGACGAACUACCUUGCAGAUCGCGUUGUCGUUGCGGCAGCUGGACCUGUAGACCAUGGGGAGCUAGUGCGUCACUCCGAAGAGCUGUUCUGUCAUUUCCGGCCAAGCAAUGGCCAACAGCGGGAACAGGGCAAGGCAACCUUCUGUGGGGCGGAGUUGCUAUAUGGCUCAACGGAGGAGAGUUUAGCGCAUUUCGCCAUCGGUUACGAAGGGGUUCCGUGGACGCAUCCGGACUCGCUGACUUUCAUGGUUUUGCAGACCAUCAUCGGAAACUACAAAAGGAACGAAGGGCUCGUGCCUGCGCGACUCUCGAGCAAUCGGCUCACGAACAGCGUGGCCAACCAUCUUGGAGCAGGUGCGGAGUCGUUUGCUGCUUUCAACACCUGUUACAAGGAUACAGGAAUCUUUGGCGUGUAUGGAGAGAGCGAUGAAGCAACUCUCGACGGAUAUCUGGAUGAGCUUCUCUUUGCGGUGAGCAACCUGGCAUUUUCUGUAACGGAGGAGGAGGUGGAGCGAGGGAAGAGGCAACUGAAGACCACCCUUUUCGGCAGCCUGGAUUCCACCACCGCCAUUGCAGAGGACAUCGGCCGCCAGCUUCUGGUCUAUGGUCGGCGUGUUCCUCUGACUGAGCUGUUGUUGCGCCUGGAAGCCAUCAACACCGAAGAGGUCAAACGAGUGGCCAAAGAGAAGCUCUUCGACAGGGACGUUGCCGUUACGGCCCUUGGCCCCCUGAGCCGGAUGCCUCCAUUGGCGGAACUGCGGAGACGGACGGCCGCGAGGAGGCUGUGA